AUGGUGGAAGAUUCAAUGGAGGUAUUCAUGGAUGAUUUUUCAGUUGUAGGUUAUUCUUUUGAGAUAUGUUUAGCGCAUCUUGGGUGGGUCCGCCAAAGGUGUGUAGAAACCAACUUGGUCCUUAAUUGGGAAAAAUGUCAUUUCAUGAUUAAAGAAGGCAUAGUCCUAGGUCACAAAGUGUCACAGAAGGGACUGGGGGUUGUCAAAGCAAAGAUUGAGGUUAUUGAGAAGUUGCCACCACCUAUAUCUGUUGAAGGAGUUCGGAGUUUUUUGGGGCAUGCAAGCAAGACACUAAAUGGAGCACAACGUAACUACAAUGUUACUGAACAAGAGCUUUUGGCUGUGGUUUAUGCAUUUGACAAGUUCAUGGCAUAUUGUUGGGCACAAAGGACCAUUUCAACGAGCCGUCGAGGGGACUCGGCAAUCUCAACUUUGCUCACUUUUGUGGUAUCAAGAGUGAUAUCAGAUGCUGGAAUAUUUAGCAAUGUAGUUAGGCUACUCGGCGAUGUGCCAAAGAAAUUGGGCGAUCCCGACUUUCACCGCCCUUUGCAUAGUCUUGUAGGGUCGGAGUUCUGGAAACUUCGGUGA